UAUGAUCAUAAUUAACUCUUCAGUAAAAGUGGGAGGGGAGGAAGCGGUCGAUGUACUUCUCUGUGAAGUGGAUAACUGUUUAGUCAAUCUCUCUCCCGCAACUCGUAUACAGCUCUGACCGAACACUGCUGCUGCGACUGAUAUCAGGAAUUUCGCUCUACUUACGGCUUAUAUAGUUUUGUAAUAGACCUAACACUGUGAGGGGAGUGUCAUUAUUACAUCCAGAGGACUAUUUCGGUCCACGUUUGAACAACUUGGUCUACUUUUACGCAUGGCAACAUCGGUGACAUUCCAGGAGUAACAACUCGACGGGUCGGAGCUCUGAACGUACUGUAUGACGUUUCAUCUUGAACUUGUAGAGUUUAUACACUAAUUUGAGCUGUCUGCAGUCCUCAUCUGCCGAGGCCAUGUUUUCCAAAGCCACUGCCAACUUUGUCCGUCAUAUUGACCCCGAAGGAAGCCUCAAACACGUGUCCCGAUUAAAUGACUCAGAUAAACUGGUUCCCAUGGCACUGGUCGUCAAACGCAACCGUAUGUGGUUCUGGCAGAGGCCUAAGUACCAGCCAACAGAUUUCACCCUCAGCAACUUGUUGGAAGGCGACAAGGUGCUCAGUCCUGACGUGUCCAAGACAGAAUUUGUGACCUACGAGGGGACAUAUAGAGACAAACUCUCCGGGAAGCUGGACACUGAGGCUGGCUCUGUCAGAGCCACAAUGGAGGGCCAAGGAACUUCCAAGCUCCAAUCAUGUUUUGGCAAGCUGAAGAAAGAGGAACUGGAUGUGAAGAAGCUGUUACAAGACUCCAGCAGCAGGCUGAUAGACAUGCAGCAACCGCUGGUGCAGCAGCUGGAGAAGCGUGCUGAUGUGCUGGCAGUGGUUAAGGAGAGGAUCCUCACCGCCAACUCCUGCACCGUCACCCAGACCAAAAAGGAGCAGUGCGUCUUUCAGGGGAUGCUCGGACUAGUGGGCAUGAUGGGGAGCUCUUUUAAGGUGUGUGUGAAGGACAGCAACAACAUUGAGGCGGACUCUGAUGUUUCCUUGGAGAUCCCCUCUGGUACAGUCAUUGCGUACAGCAUCCUGGAACUGGAGAUAAAGAAAAGUGGACACUUUAAUAUAUGCCUACAGCCUGGAUCAAUGGGAGGCAUUGAGGCAGACUCCUGGCCAUCCCAUGACCACAUGGACGAAGUCGACGACAAGUGCAAUGGGGAGAAAGCACCUUUGAGUGCACUGCAAAAUGGAUCACAGGAGAUGGACCUCUCUCCUCUGGCAGAGCUCCCUCAGUUGACUCGAUGUGUCUUGUUCAAGAGACUCCAAGAGACUCUGGGGGACAGAACUGCUCUGUCAUAUAUGCAGUGUUUGCUGGAGGAGUUGUGCAGUGGUGAAACACUAAACAUGGCUAAGCACAAAGAGCUGUCGGAGAGUCAAAGAAAAUUAUUGUCAGCCAUACUGGACCGACCCGGCACAGACACUCACGCUGAGAACAGCCAGUGUGGUAUUCCUUCCCAUCUAAAUGCAGCUCACCUGUUGGUCAGUGCCUUGGAAGAGUUGCCUGAUCCAACUCUAAGCCUCCUGAGCCAAAGCGGUGCUGAUUUUCUGGAGGCCUUCGACACACUGAUGUGCAUGUUAAAGAAGAGCAGCGAGCCUCUCUCCAUCCAGUGUCUUCCAGUCCCCCUGCAGGACAACCAGGCCUUCCAACUGGCAGAACAGCUGCUCAGCUCCACCAAUGUGACGCUGAAGAGAGACAGCGACAGGCUGUGGAUGGAGACGGAAGUUCUCCCACUGGUCCUCUGUCUCAGCAUACAGGGAUUGUCCCUGCUGUGCAAAGGGAAAAAGUAGUGGUAGUGUCUGCAUGUGCACUUUCUUUCUUUUUUGUGGAGUAUAUUCGGUUCAUUUCUUUCUUUGUUGUAAAGUUUAUUGGGACUAAGAUUAUUAUAAAAGCUUUGUAUUAUUAUGAUUGAUAUUUUUCAGGUGUUUACUAUUUAUAGAGUAUCAUACAGCUAUUGCUAUUAUUUUAUUGUUUUAUUUUAUAUUUUUAUUACUUAGGAAGCACUUUAAGGAAAUUAAAUGAAAAUAUGUGUCUCACUCUUUUAUAGCUUAAAAAGCAUUUAUGAGGUUCAGGCACCUUACAUAAAUUUGUCCAACAAAUUGUUAUUGUUUUGUAUAAAUCCAGUUAUAUUAUUUUUUAUUCAUAAACAUUCAGCUCAAUAUUAAAAUGUGUCUGCAUCAAUGGGUUGAAAUAAUUCUGUGACCCCCCCAGAUCCACUGGAUCGACUGUAAAUGCAUAGUGGUUAAGCUGAAUUUUUAGCUCAAGAAAUCUUUAACUACAGUAGAUUUCACAUUUUUUAUUAACAACAAAAUGUAAAAUGUGAUGCAUGCCAAGAGUACACAACAUUGCUAACAUUUAUACAACUAUGCAGAAUGCUGAAAACUGUGUUGCAUGCCUAUUCUUGUUUAAUUCUAUUGAGGCUGCAUUUUAUUGCUGCUACUGCUCCUAAUCAAAAAUAUUUGCUAUUUCAUUCAUCAAGAAAACGAUAUAUUUAACAUUCCCUGAAAUACGGGGAUUGUAUACCAAAAAGCUACGUUUAGUUAAAAUACAUGUAUUGAUGUCUCAUAUGUCUUUGUAGAUUAAGCUAUUAUGAAGCUGCCUUUGCCAUGUACUUACUGCCACUUGCCUAUUUUGUCUGUUAACAUUGUAAUUUAUUGUUGAUUGGAAAAAAAACAUGUUUUACUUAAUUUUUUAAAAAAUCUCUGCCUUUAGCUCUCUGUAUCAUUGCUCUUUUAAAGUGUAUCAUUUUGUCUUACGGAAAUGGCAAAGAAAACUUUUAUAUUGCAUGGAUGACAGUAUCUACCAAAUGAAAAAAAAUGAAGAAUUGUAUUCAUCUUUCUUGGAAAUAUUUAAGGACAUUUUUAACUUUUGAUGUUAACCCAAUGUGCUCUGUGUCGAAAAGCUAUAACCGAAUGAACUUCAUUCUAUUAUUAUUGAAAAUCUUUCCACAUUUUAAAAUUCAUAUUUUCGAUCCCAGGCAGCAUUUUGUCUGAUAUUGUCAACAUAUUCAUUAUCAUACAUUAUGUGGUGUUGGAUUCAAUUAGUAAUGAGCAAUUGCAUGACAAGCCUAA